AAAAACUUGUUUAUCUUAGAUAUUCAACAACAAUUUCAUCACGAUAUCAUGGUAGAAAUCGACCUCGUGGCAGACAACAUGAAUUACCAUUAGGACUUGACCAAGCAUUAUCAUCCAGCAGUCUAAAUUCAGAUUCAACAAUGGCAUUAGAUACUUUUACGGUAACACUUCAUUUAAACGCAAAUAACUAUUUGGGUAUUAGUAUUGUUGGUCAAACCGAUAAAACAGGUUUAACUGAUGGAGGAAUUUAUGUUAGUUCCAUAACGAAAGGAGGUGUAGUUGCAGAAGAUGGUCGUAUUGAGCCAGGCGAUAUGAUUCUUCAAGUAAAUGAUAUUAGUUUUGAAAAAUUAUCAAAUGAUGAUGCUGCUGAAAUUCUACGUGAAGCUUGCAAAACACCUGGAUUAAUUAAAUUAGUUGCAGCUAAAUGUUGGGAUUCAACUCCACGAGAUUAUUUUACAUUACCUUGUCAUGAACAAGCACGUCCUGUUGAUCCAUCAUCAUGUCAUGCACAUACACAAGCUGUACAAAAUACAUAUGAUAAUUCUCAACAACAAAUCUUACCUCAUAAUCGACAAUCAUUACUUAAUUCAAAAGCAAAUAUGAGUUCAACCAUAUCAAGUACAAAUAAUACAAUGGUUAAUAAUGAACGUUUUAGUCUUGAUCUUACUUAUAUGAUUGGUUCUGAUAUGGAUACUUUUGUACGACCUAUGGCUAAACCUGCUUCAGGUUCUGAUUUAGUUACUUGGUUAUUUAAAAAUGUCGAUGGAUUUCUUGUUCGAGAUGAUGCAAGAUUCUAUGCCUCAAAAAUGCUUAAAAUAGGUUAUAUUAGACAUCCGUUUCAUAAAUUACAAUUUGGUGAAAAGAGUUAUUAUGUUUUUCGUAAUAUUUAUUCACAAAAUAUUUCUCGAUUAAAACUUCAUGAAAAAUCUAAGGAUUAUGAAUCUAUUUCUGCUCGAUCAAGUAUUAUUGAUGGUCAUAGUUAG